AUGGCCGACUGGCCGAUUGUCAAAUUCUGGCUUUGCGUUAUGUCAUCUUACAUUAGUUGGACUGGGAAAUCUCUGUCAGCAAACCAAGGUGGGAUAAAUAAACCAAAAAGCUAACGGCAUUCAUGAGAAUAUUAAAUGUAAAAAACCUUUGGACUUGGAAGGAAAGAUUCAUGGGAUUGAACAAAAUAAGAAGCGCAAGCCAAAUUUCACAUUUGAUAAUUAUAUAACUGCACACUUAGGUAUUAUUUCGAUAUCAUUGCUUAAUUGCAGAAUUAAACUAAGGCAUAGCUUUGCCUUGAAUAGCUUUAUUUUUUUUAUUUUUACUGAUUAUUUAUUCAUCAAACAGGUUUCUCUUUUCGCUGAUCCAACUCUCUUUCUUCAAUUGAGUCUGUUUCUUAUUUUAUCCUAACAGCAGACGUUAUCUUCCAACGUUUGUUGCUUUAGAUCACCCCUAAAACAAGAUUAUACCUCCCAAAUUUCCAACGAACCCCAAUAAUUAAACUGCUAAAAAAUUAUACCUGUGCUGUUACUUUCCAUGCUGGUUCAACUUCUGUUUUUUUAUGCUUGCCCAACUUCAACAUUAGUCGACUGAUUGAUGGCUGGAGAGGAUGUGAUAGACCUGAAGACAGUCUUAGCUACAAUAGUUCAUCUUGUUCCAAGAACUUAACUGUCAACAAAAUAAAAAUGUUAAGGGUUUUUUAAAAACAAAUUCACUUCAUGAUUGACAGUCAUAGGUAUUUUCAAGAAUUCUGUCAGUCAGCGCUUCAAAAAAAGUCGUUAAUGGGUUGCGCUUAAUAAAGGUUAUUUUAUCGGAACCGCCGCUUGUAAUAUGUUGCUUUUCAUUUCAAUUGAAAAGGGAUAAUGGCCUUUUCGUUCAGGAUUUUUCAAUUAGUAAACUAAAACAUCCACGAAAAGUCGGUAAGAAUUUACUUUAACGAAUCUAAGGGGAAAAAAGGCAUGAAGUAUAUUAACUAUUAUCAAAGAAAAAUUGUUGAUAUGUGUCAAAUGUUAACUUUUUAUUCUCCUGAAGUGAAUUUAUGGCUUUUUCGCGGAAAGUGAUCGAUUUGCCUAGUGGAAGUUGUUAACCUGGUCCUUUGGCACUUAAGAAUGAAAAUGCCAUUAGGCUAAUGCAUAGGCAAGAGUGGCCUGUUGCAUGUUAAGAAUACUGAACUGACAUCAUCUCUUUCAAGACUUCCACAAAAAAUAAGCCGUAGCCUUCAAACUUCUAAAAUUGUUAAAAAAAAAAAACAAAAAAAAAAAAGAGAUGACUUUCAGUGAUUGGAUCAAAGCCUGGUAUUAACUUUUUCUAAGGUAUAGGAACUUUUUAAUCUAUAAGUUUAAGUUCAAACCGCCCCAAUAGUCUAUUUUUCCUUAAUUAUAAUUAAAAAAAGAAGAAAUCAAAAUGAAGUGAUUUUCAAAAGAAUGCUUUCAUUUGCCGUAAGUAUCACUUAAAGACUUCGGAUGUACAAUUAAGAUUUCUUGGGAUGUCAGACCAAUGGCUUAAGGGAUAAUGCACAAUCAUUAUCUUGUACUUAGAAGGUUAAUAUAUCGAAGGUCGAAAUUUUUCUCAAUCUCUAGUCACUGAGAGGAAAGAAAAACUUAUAGAAACAAAAAGCGUGAGUACCAAGAGAAAUGGUGCCCAGAACCAACUGUGUGCUUUCUGGUUCCUCUCUUUAAUAUCGUUCGUAAUUACAGUUUAGCGGUGAAAAAAUUUCAUGUCUGUAAAAACUUUCCCUUCUACCUUCGAAUAAAACUCCUCCUCUCCAUGAGAGAGGUGGACACAGGAGUAAAACAAGGUGUAUUUGAGACGCUGAGAACAAGCUCUUAAUUUCUACGGUUGAGACGUAGUGUCUCCAAGCUAAAUUAACUCGUCGGAAAUUUUGAAAAAAAUACAUUUUGCUUACCGCAGGCUGAGGAAGGGUUUCUAAUUGUCUCUUAAUGAAUCACGUACUAUCUUUUGAAAAUAUUUACAAUUCAUGCAAUAUUAGCAAUACUGAUUCUUGAUACUGUUUCUUGGUUCAUUGUACCAGCCUAAUAAUGCUAUGAACGGUCAGAUUUUUUUUCUUAAAAAAGUUCAGAAGAAAAUGUCUUUGAUUUUAUGCCACCAAAGAAUCAGUUUUGUUUUUGAGCAGCCUUUCAUGGUAUACGUUUAUCAUGUAGUUACAUUGUAGUGAUUCCAAGGUUAAAUUAUGUUUCAGUAACAGAAAGGAAAAUCCAUUUUGUACGAUUUACCUAGAGACAUGCAAUAAGUAAUAUAUAUCUCUUUAAUUUUUGAUUAAAAUCCUUACAGAUGCACAUAUCUAUUUAAGGAUUUGUACUGAUUUGCGCUGGUUUCAUGAUAUCAGUUCUUGGCCACAGUAUUAAAGCUGCAAUCAAUGAUCAAACGCAUAAGACUCCACAACUCAGUGGAUAUCUUGUGCAUUCUGUCAGGUUAAAACAACUAUUAAUGACAACAAAAAAUAGCGUUUAUUGUAAAUACCAUGGGUUCAUGUUCACACAAAUACCUUUAAAAAUGCUUGCUUAUUGUUUUUGAGAAUUAUAGAUGGGGUUUUAGAGAUAGAGUUUUGAAUAUUUGUGGACUCUGGAAUACUCUGGAACAGUCUCUCCCUUUUCGAUCAUUAAUGCAUUUUUAUAUUUCGGUGAGUACAUUUUUUGUGCAGAUCAGGAUUUUACAAACGCCAGCAAUGCGUUAGAAAUAUUUUGCAGUGUAAUUAUUUCACUUUCCAGCACGGUUCACUAAGAGAAAAAGGUCAUAUCUAACUGUAGUUACCAUAUCAAAUGCGCAUGCUGGGAGUGAGAGUUUAAAAGUUAACAACAUUCACAGUGUUGUUCAGUUUUGAAUAUUAACAGUCGUCGUUUAUUCUAUUCAUGUAUGUCAAUUCUAAGGAAUUAAAUUCCAAUAUUUCAAAAUGACGAAAACAAAAGAGGUGCAUGAUUUUUCUUUCUUUCUUUUUUUUGUGGGUGAACUUCAUCCUUGAAUUAAAGGUUAACUUUAUUGUUUUAUGGUGUCAAUGGUAAUUUAUGGAAAGGAAAUACAAGUUGAAACCAAGAAUAGAAUUAACCCCAACAGACUUUAUAUUUUAACCAAAUUUGUCCCUCACUUAGAAGUACAUUGUCUUUAAGAUCAUCGGUACUCAAAUAAUUCUAAUUGAUGUAGGAUUCAUGUUGAUCAAGAUCCAGCAUCGCCAGAAUUUUUUUGCUAGAAUUUCGUAAAAGUUACGCUGCAGAACUGCUGGUUAACUUCACGCAAUUGAAAAUUUGACGUUUCUUUCCGAAUAAUUCUCUUAUAGUAAAUAUUAAUGGGAGCUCCUCUGCAAAAAUUUUUUUAUGCAAUAGCGAAAAAAGUCGCAAAAAAACUUUGAAAAAAUGAUCAAUAAUUGAACAUUGAAAAUAACUGUUAUUAAUAAAACUGUUCGAACAGUCUUAAUUUUGGGCCUAACUACAAUAGCGCCUUCUUAUGAAGCGAGGAAUCGUUUGGAUUGGUCUGCAGUUCGCAGGCCUCCGGUUUUUACCUCUUCUUUCUCUUGUUAUGCGCGAGUUUGAAGAUAAAAACAGCCGUUGAGCCAUUGACCGCUUAAUGGUCUUGAGUCUUCAACGAAGUAUACAAUUCCACUAUUUAGCAUCUUGAACGGAUAGACAUUUUUGGACCUCAUACCUCUAAAAGAAUGGGAAGGUUGGCGAUGAGCGGUCUACAUUUGCGGUAUCAACUCUCUCCCUAACAAACAAACAACCAGUCCCUAAGGAUUGGUAUUCCUGGUGUCCUUAAUCCUUGUACUCACAGCAGGAGAAAGAAAACAAUUAUCAAACGUUUUAAAAGUCUAGAAAUUUAAAAAAGGCAAAAGACAUGAGUUCGCGCAAGUAUUUUCAUUCAAUACCUUUGCAACCCUUGUCUUUCGCUUGACUCGAUCAAUCAGCCAGAGAAACUUCAUUGAUUAACCUUAUCCUGCAAUAGCAUAUCAAACCUCUUUUAAGAAAUAUCCGGUAUGUAUUUUGCAGAAGAAAGAGUGCUAUAAACGGAUCGAACAUCAAAGUUACUUUUCGAUUUUCCGGCAAUCUAGAAAUAAAAAUUUACAAUUUACUAUUAUUAACUAGGGAUUAUAGUAACAAGAUUUAAAAAUCCAAUUAAGUAAUUAAAAUAGAAAUGCACGUUACCCAGUGUUUUAUGUCUUUUGUGGACAAGAUUCGGUUUCAUCCAAUUGCUAAGGAGAGAGAAGCCGUAAUUAUUUUCAUAAUACUAUUGACAAGAUAAAAGCAAAUUAACGUUCAAUCAGAAUUCCCCCUGAAAGUCAAUAUUAAUUUCUAUGAAAAUUUAGCCUCCGCUUCCAAGAGAUGACCCUUUCUAACCGUACAUAUAUUGUAUUGCUGCAUGUUAUUACUUACAACGCAAAUGCAUAUAUAUACACUAUGAACAAGGUAAUCCUGGGCGAAGCUUACACUGAAUAGAAAAAUUAUAUUAAUGCUCUUCUGUUUCAGUAAUUUUGUUUCUGCUAGACCUUUUGGUGCAAGAUCUUGUGGAUCUAUUCCUUCUUUUUAUGAAGAAAGUGCAUAAAAAAAAGGAACUGGCAAAUCAAGGCUUUUAAUUUUGAGUGACCUUCGGAAAGUCAAGUUCACUCAGUACAGAUGAUUCAUAUUUCAUUACCGAGACCAUAUUGCUUUAAUUAGUACAAAAGAUGUCGGGGUAAAUUCACCAAUAUGCGGUUUUACGGAGAAUUUCCAAAAUAUGACGCACUUUUGUAGGGAAGACAUCAAACUUAAUGUGAUUCGAAAUAUGAAACAAGAAUUUGAUCAGGUAAAGUUUGAUCGUUAGCAGGUAAUAUAUGUGAGAUUCUUGAGAUCUCUUGUCGUCCCGUCAUCGUUUUUCGUUAAUAAGUAAACCGGCUGUGGAAACAGGUAUGGUCUUCAGUGUCGGACGUUGAAACAUUGCCAGCAAAUUGCAAUGUAAUCAGUGGCUGCCACUAAUUGCCUUUACAAUCGUUUCAACAUACUGAAAAAGAUCUACAUGUACAAUGACCGCGGUUAUCCUUUCUUCUCAGCUCAGUUGAUCUUUCCAAUUAUAAAGGAAAUGGUUCGAUCAUAAAAUAACCAAUUUCAGGUCACGAUGACUAUAGAAUUUAAACGCAAACCAGUAAAAAAUCCUUAAUAUUUCUUGAACAAUCAACUAAAUGGGUGAUUUUAACCUGACCUUUAAUACCUAUGGGUAAAACACAAUCCUUAUUACGAAAUUAAACAUGGAAAAAAAAAAAAACCUUUGAUUCAUGGUGAUGUACUUAUUUACCUUAACUUUUAUAGUUCAAGCUCUAAAAUGUUGCCCAAAUACUUCAAAUGCUCGUCCAACAAUUUUUCACCCCUCACUAAGAACCUCGUCGUAUUCUAUCGUCUGAGUAUUAAAUGGCUGCUUUUUUGUGUUCCAUGCAGACUCCAACGUAAACUAGUUUCUUCAAGAAUGAACUGAUUUUGGACUAGGCUGAUUGAAAACGACAAUUAACAUAUCCCUGCUUCUUAUCCGUAGGCAGUUUAAAGUUUCAACAGCUUCGUUAACAAUACCUUACCUUGGCACAGUCCUUUUACACGAUUUAAGUUGCUAAUAUCACUGUCAGUUGCAAGGCUGGUGAAAAAGUGAAAGAGUCCCUGAUUGCUGCCAGUGGAGAAACUGAAGGUGAAGCGACCCANCUCACUAAGAACCUCGUCGUAUUCUAUCGUCUGAGUAUUAAAUGGCUGCUUUUUUGUGUUCCAUGCAGACUCCAACGUAAACUAGUUUCUUCAAGAAUGAACUGAUUUUGGACUAGGCUGAUUGAAAACGAUAAUUAACAUAUCCCUGCUUCUUAUCCGUAGGCAGUUUAAAGUUUCAACAGCUUCGUUAACAAUACCUUACCUUGGCACAGUCCUUUUACACGAUUUAAGUUGCUAAUAUCACUGUCAGUUGCAAGGCUGGUGAAAAAGUGAAAGAGUCCCUGAUUGCUGCCAGUGGAGAAACUGAAGGUGAAGCGACCCAGCCAAGGGGAUUUAAAUAAUGUGAAUUGAACAGUGAAAUUGUUUUUAUCGCUCGGCAUCUGCCUUAUGGUCUUUUAAUUAUGUUUUGUUUGACAUUUUUGGGUAUUUCGUCUUCGAUUAUCGCGUUAUUUAUCACGAAACAGGUGGCAAUUUCAGUUUGGAAAGAUUCCUUCACUUUUAAUAACUUUCUUUGUAACUGAAACAUUGUUUUAAUUUAGAUUUGUUUAACUGGUACUGCCGUAAAAAAGUUGUUCAAAUCACUCAGCAGGAUAACUCUGGAAUAGGAUAUUUAACAUGAAUUGGAUCUAGCGAAUUGCUCUUUAAAAACAUAUAUAAACAGCAGCAACUUACAAAAUGGAAAAACUAUUAUAACCAAAUAAACCGCAAGGAAACGACACCUCAAAGUUGUAUUAAUGAUCGAAGUUUAUGCCGCUGUGCCAAAUAAUGAAUGGGGUAUAGUGUAAUGGUUAAAGAACUAAUGAAUUUAAAGGAGAAUAAUGGUGUGAUGGCUAAAGAGCUAACGAACUUAAAGGAGUACCUAUUAAUCCCCCGCCCCCACUGUUUUUAUUUUCAUACGCGCACUCGACGAACUCUGCCGCACCGUUUUUCAGAAUUUGAUACAUUCUGAAGAUUUGAUAUCAACGGCAAUGUCAGUGAUAGUUAAUGCGUUAUAAAAUUAUGUGGUUUUAGAUGCCUCUACUGUCGAUGCAAAUAUCAGACUUAUUUUGGCAUCAUAGAGCGAGAUCAAACAGACGCCAUUUGUAAUUUUGGUAUUAACAGUAGAGAGCUUUGACAAGCCGUAAGCCUUCCUUAUGAUUUCACUAAAUCUUAGCUAUACAUUCUACUGAUCUGACUAUAAAAAGUGAUUCACGUCUAUGCCACCUUUUGCAUGUUGCUCAGGAUUUCUACGAAUUAACAAACGAUAAAAACUUCCCUUAAAUCUUUUUUUUUCUAAAUCGCUUGGCUAGAUCAGUAGCUCUGGCAAAGGAUUUUUGACGCACUACUCCUAAUUUCCAGGCUAACGGGUAGCCUUUUCUAAGCACUGGGCAGCUGCUUUUGUCGUUAAGUCGCAACAAGAAAUCUAGUGCUCCUUUCAGCCGCUUCCUUAGUGCCAGUAUUUGGAGCUGGCAUAUCUAUAGCCACCACUGCCGGCUUAUUGAAGUCUACAUGUUCGUAGAUAUGAGACAUAUAACGACGGUAACAAAAACUACCACAAGAAAAAAAGGUGGUACUGGAGACAAGCGAGAUGCACUAGAGCUGAAGACAAGCGGGAAGCGCGUGAGGAGGAUGAUGGAAGCAAUUGCAGACGCGUACGCGCUUUAAACUACUCUUCCGGAGUCGAAAGGAAUUCCGACCAAAGGUGACCACUACCUCAGACUCAGCCUCAGCAUUCACCACAGAAUUAUCGGGAAUAAUGGAUCAUUUUUAGUUUUAAGCGAGUCGUAAGAGGAUUCAUAAGCGCGACGGAAUCCGAGUCAGAAGAAUCAGAACGUCUCUUGAUUUUCUUGCCACUCCGCUUACGACUCCGUCGCUUACGUUCCUCUUGUUAUCUAGUGAAACUGGCGAAAACCAGAUUGUCGGGGUCGGAAGCAGAAGCGGAAGGAUAACAAUCGCAAUGCACUUUCGCACGAUUUGUGAUUGGUUUAGUUCUUCCGCUUCUACUUGUGACACCCUCGACCUAGUUUUCAUUUGAUCGGAAACGACAGAGUGGUAAGCAGAAUCAGAACGCUGUUUUUACUAGAUCGUAGAGUUCUACGCUUCUGAUUACGACUCCGACUUCGACUCCGUCGCUGGUGAAAACCAACCUUUAACACGUAACUCAAAUAUCCCCCAAAAAAAAUGA